AUGAUCAUAUUUGUGUGUCGCGGUCAUGGUCCUGAUGAUGUUUCUCGUAGUACAUCAUGGAAGGAAAACAAUGGUGGAAACCGUUCUACUUACGGCAAUAAUAGUUGCAAUGGUGGAGCAAGCACCCGAAUACUAGGCCGCGGAUGUGAGGGUGAUGGUGGUGAGAACAUGGUGACGGUGAUUGGGGAGGACAUGGUGCUGGUGGUUAUAGGGUCAUUGCGCUCAAUGGCUGAGCAAGUCGAAGAUGUCUCUACAUUACCAUUACCGGAUGCCUUCCUCGAUUUUCUCAGGCAGAACGGUUUGGAUCCUUCAAUUUAUGCUGCUUCUCAUUCCACGCCUCGUUACAUUAGGUUAAAACCGGGUUGCGAAACUCACCUCAUGGAAAUUGAAGCUGAGAUUAAAUGCAAGCUUAAAGAAGUGUCUUGGUUGGCUAAUUUCUACUAUCUUUCGCCUGAUGUUGGAAUCGCUAACACGAAGGUGUAUCAAGAAGGAAAGAUAUAUGGUAUUGAUGCAGCUUCUGGAGCUGCUGUUUUAGCUUUGGGUAUCUCACCAGGAGAUCGUGUCCUUGAUCUCUGUGCUGCACCUGGUGCUAAACUUUGUAUGAUAUUGGACCUUCUUGGCUGUUCUGGUACCGUGACUGGUGUUGAUGUUUCUAGGCAUCGAUUAGCAGCUUGCAGAACUAUGCUGCAGAAAUACACACUUGGUGACCGUUGCCGUCUGUUUGUUGCUGAUGGAACAACAUUUUCCCUUAUUCCUGUGAGGGUUUGUUUGAACUCUAAAUCAUCUGCUGCUGAAGAACAAUUAGAGGUCUACAAGGAGUGGACUUCUCGGAGACCAUGGAAAGAAAGGAAACGAGCAGCUAAAACUAGAGAAAAUGGUGCUUCUCAGAUCUUUUCACAAAUUCAGGAUCCAGAGCUUAUAUUUUAUGGGCGUCAUUCUGGAGUAGUUGGUUUGAGUAAAUGUGAAGUGUAUCAAAGUGUCAACGACCGUGAGCUCUUGCAAUUAGGUUAUGACAAGGUCCUCGUGGAUGCAGAAUGUACGCAUGAUGGUUCGAUUAGGCACAUCCAAAAAUUUGAACAAUGGGGAUGGACAACACUUCAGCGCCGUGUACUGGAUGCAGAGAGAACUGAUUUCUUGACUGUGUUACAGUUAAAACUCCUAGCCAAUGGGUUCAGAUUGCUCAAAGUUGGUGGAUCUCUUGUCUACAGCACAUGCAGUUUAACUCUUUCUCAAAAUGAAGAUGUGAUAGAGCAGUUCCUUUCACAAAAUGCAUCUGCAGAGUUGCUGGAGAUAGAUGCUGCCCAAAAUUGGCCUUGUAAGAGUGCAAGAAUUCCCAAGACUCUGCGCUUUGACCCCUUGACAUCAUCUACGAGUGGACUUUUCAUUGCAAAGUUCACAAAGCUAGCAGUUUGA